AACAGCCUCAGAUACUUUUCCUUAAGUUCUAAGGUAGGAGCUGUCCCCACCCAAGCUACAGAACCACCCAAUUCUUCAAUUGGAUAAAAGGCAAGCAGCCCCAGAAAAUCUCAUUGGAGCUUAAAGAAACCACCACAGCCCAAGAACUCAAGAAAAUUGAAGAGAGUGGUUGGACCAGGAGCAGAGAGAAUCAUACCAUGAGUGAAACUGACCCCAGUGUACAUACUCAAGCAAUAGAUAAACCUAACCUCAAGAAAAUUCGUGACAUCCAUCAGCAAGUCUUGGUCCUUCAAGACAAGACCCUCAUAGCAGUUCCUGAUGAUGGAGUGGUGCACCCAACCAUACUCACGAGCACACCAUGCCGAGAUAUGUCUCUUGAAAAUGGCAAAGGCAGUCCUAUUUACCUGGGCAUAGUAGACCCUAAACUGUGUCUGUGCUGUGAAGAGAGUGGAGGGCAGCCCACACUGGAGCUGAAGGAGAAGGACAUAAUGGAAUUACAUCAUGCCCUGAAAGCAGAGGAGUCUUUUGUGUUUCACGUCAAUACAAAUGGCAGCAUUUCUACCUUUCAAUCGGCUGCUUUUCCUGGCUGGUUCAUCUCUAGCUCAGCGGAGCAGGGGAAACCCAUCAAGAUGACCAAAGAUGUGGGAAAAGACAAUACAGCUUUCCAUUUUGACCCCAAGGUUUGAGCCUGGCCUGGACCAAGUAGCCUCAGUUCAACAAAAGGCUGUCCUGCUUGCACAGUAUAUCACAUGUUCCAAAAUCCUUUUGUGAUAUUAAUCUUGUGCCUGUGUUGGGAGACGUGAAAUAUGACUAGGAUAUGUUCUUGCCUUCUAGGGGCUUAGCUUUAAUACCACUGAGUUGAAUUAACCUGUAUGUAAUUGUUGCAGUCAUUAAUAUAGAUGUUUUGGGUGACUGAGGCUUUUAGUAUCUCAACUCCUGAACUCCCCAUCCAGCCAUUUCCCCUCACAUUCCCCAAGGGAGCAGCUACCCAUCUGAGUGGUUCCUAAUGACAGGGGGGAAGGCUGACAGCAGACAUGGGUGCCUUGGCCAGGUGGCACUUGGGAAUGUUUGUCUUCUGGAAUUGCUCUGAGGAGGAUGCUUUCCAGACCAGCCCUGUCCCAGUGCAGAAGUUUUGUGGCUGUUUCUCAGACCUAAAGCAUUAGCAUCAAGGACCAUGAAGAAUUUUCUAAAAAAAUAUUAAAGAUGCUGUCCCCAGUGGUCUAUGAAUAUGAA